AGAAAAAGCAGUCGUUUUUCCUUUUUGUUUCUGCUUUUUUUUUUUUUUGAUAUUUUUUUUUCCCCCUCCCUUGAUACCAAAAAAAAACCCCCAAAUUCUUUCCAGUCAAACCCCUCAUUCAUCAUGUCCUCGCAAGAAUAUGCUAGUGGCGUCUCGUCGUCGUCGCAGGCCAUGCGGGCUUCCAAGUACAAGCAGACGCGUGCCACGGAUGCGGGCACGAUGCGCGAGCGCCGCGCGACUCAGCAGUCAGACUUGCGCAAGCGCCAGCAAUCAGAAAUCCUGGCCAAGCGUCGCAGGGAUCUCCUUGCCGACGAGUCGCCGACCGUGCAAGAGUACCUGAACCAGUUGCCGCAGAUUGCUGCCGGCAUUCUCAGCGACGACCCCGAGCUCCAGCUCGACUGCACCAUCAAAAUCCGCAGGUUACUUUCCAAGGAGCGCAGCCCGCCAAUCGACAGGGUUGUUCAAAUCAACAAUGGAAUUCUGAUCCCGCGCCUCGUCUCCUUCCUCAAUACCGAAAAUGGCAACACGCUCUUGCAGUUUGAGGCGGCCUGGGCCUUGACCAAUAUUGUUUCUGGCGACUCUGUGUACACUUCGCUUGUUGUUGCUGCCGACGCCGUCCCGUACUUUGUCGCCCUGUUGUAUAGCCAGGACGACAAUGUCAAGGAGCAGGCCGUGUGGGCGCUUGGCAACAUUGCCGGCGACAAGCCCGCCUUCCGCGACGUGGUUCUCCACAAUGGCGUCAUGACCCCGCUUGUCACCAUUAUUCGGAGUUCCUCCAAGAUGGCGAUGGUCCGCAACGCCACUUGGACGCUCUCCAACUUGUGCCGUGGCAAGACCCCCCCGCCAAACAUGCAAAUCAUUUCCCCUGCCCUUUCAGUCAUCCCCAUUCUUCUCUACGUCAAGGACGAGGAGAUUUUGACCGACACGUGCUGGGCGCUGUCCUACCUGACUGACGCCGACAGCCUUCAGAUCCAAACCAUCGUCGACACUGGCAUCACCCCGCGCCUGACUGAGCUGCUCCUGCACCACAACAUUAACGUUGUGACACCUGCCGUGCGAACAGUUGGCAACAUUGUCACUGCCGACGACAGACUGACGCAGGUUGUCGUCAACCACGGCGUUCUCGCCAAGCUUGGCACCCUCCUCCAUGGCCUCCGUGACAACAUCAAGAAGGAGGCCUGCUGGACCAUUUCCAACAUUACCGCUGGCUCUGCCGACCAAAUCCAAGCCGUGAUCAACGCCAACCUCAUCCCUCCGUUGUUGGUGCAGCUGCAGACCGGCGAGCCCAAGACUCGCAAGGAGGCCGCGUGGGCCAUUGCCAAUGCGUGUGCUGGUGGCUUGCAGCAGCAAGUCCUGUUCAUCGUUGAUGCUGGUGCCGUUUUGCCCCUCUGCGCGCAGUUGGUAUCGACCGACCUCAAGCUCGUCCACAUGAUUCUCCAGGCUCUCGACCGUGUCUUUUUCUUCUGCCCGGAGACACUUGACCUGGUCGAGUCGCAGAACGUCCACCACGUUAUCGAGAGUCUGCAGAACAGUCCCGCCCCGAACGUCGCACAAAAGGCCGCAGAGCUGAUUCGCAAUCACGUCAGCGACGAGAGUUACGAAGCUCUUGCCCCGGCUCAGACCCAGUCUGCGUACCAGUUUGGUGGUAUCGCUCCUUCCAACGGUGGUUUCAAGUUUUGAAGUUUGCCCUUGUGCCCGUCAAAACACGUUUGCACCCACCAAACUCCCCACUCACUCACAUUUCACACCUGUUCCAACAGUUCCGAUUUCCAACAAUUCCGAUUUUUCCAACCAGACUUAACACACUCACAACUUAGCACCCUCACCCCCCUUCUCCAUCACCAUUCAUUCCACCACAGCCCUCCAUUUGCUUGUUUCCUCUUUGCCUUUGUUUUGUUGUAUCUGGUGUUUCUCCCAAACUCGAGCGAGCGACCUCCCACUACAAAAUGAUUGUCUGAAUUUGUGCUAUUAAUGGAUUCUGAUUAAACCGAAACAAACUUGCCAA